CCUCACCCCAGCUCCACUUGGGAGCCUCAAGAGAGAGAACCAGACUUCUAUUUCUAUUCACUCCCUUUCACUCCCCACAUCACAGAAAAAUGGCAUUCCCCUUGUUUGUCUCUCCCUGGCGUUGGGGAGGGUAGAUUAUGUACACUUCACUAGGGUCCAAACACAGUAGGGACCAGGACCUAGGGGCAUGCAGUUCCCUGAGGGGUCUCCUGGCCAAGUUUCUGGUGAGUAAAGUUUUGCUUACAACUGACAAAAAAAAAUUUUGUCAGCUAGCAGCAUUCAUCAAGGUGUAGGGAGGGAGGUAUUCUUAUGCACUUCUGGUGGCAGUGGAAAUUGGUAGAAAGUACAUGAAGAAUAAUUUGGAAAUAUAUAGUAAACCCAUCCAAUAUAGGAGAUGAAGGUAGAUCUGUAGAGGGAAAAGAACAAUGUUCUCUCUCUUUCCAGCCACAAGAGUCCAGAAUUUAUUCUACCCAAAGAAAUUAGGUUUCUGGUGUUGAUGAGAGAGCAGGGUUUGCCCAAUUUUCCCAUUAUUCUAUGUCCUGGAUUUGUGUGGGAUAUACAGAGUGGGUAAAUGCUGAAACAGUGAAGUUGAUGUAGAUUUAACUGAGUUAUUUUGGGAGAUCUAAGUCAAAUAUGGUUUCACAUCGUUCCUUGUAUCUUCCUAUCUCUGCCUUCCAAGGACUCUUCCCUUUCCGAAAGAAGAGUUCAGAAGAGAAGGUUCAUCUCUUGCAAAUUUCACAGAUAUGUCUCAGGGAUCAGUGUCAUUCAAGGAUGUGACUGUGGACUUCACCCAGGAGGAGUGGCAGCAACUGGACACUGAUCAGAAGGCCCUAUACAGGGAUGUCAUGUUGGAAAAUUAUUGCCACCUUGUCUCUGUGGGGUUUCACAUGACUAAGCCUGAUAUGAUCCGCAAGUUGGAAGAAGGAGAAGAAUUGUGGACAACAGAGAGAAUUUUUCCAAGUCAGGGCUAUCUAGAAGAAGAUGGGAAAGCUGAAGGUGUUUUAAUGAAGUUCAAAGAAUAUCAAAAUAGGCAUUUUAGAUCAGUUGUAUUCAUCAACCACAAAAGACUAACUAAGGAAAGAAGUAAUAUUUGGGGGAAAACACUUACUGUAGGCAAGAACUGUAUUAUUUCAAGAACAACACUACAUGAAUAUAAACCCGAUGGAAAGGUUUUGAAAAAUAUUUCAGAAUUGGUCAUUAGAAAUAGAAGACCUGUAAGAGAGAAGUUUGGUGAAAGUAAUGGAUGGGAGAAAUCACUCCUCAAUACUAAGCAUGAGAAAAUUCAUACUGCAGUGAAUCUGUAUAAACAAACAGACUGGAGUCUGAGUGAUGAACAGGAACUUAUUCAACAUCAGAAGGUUCAAACUGCAGAGCAAUCAUUUGAACAAAAUGAGUGUGAAAAUUCCUUCCUUGUGAAAGGAAUGUUAUUUACACAUACUAGAACUCACAGAGGAGGAGAAAGACUCUUUGAAUACAAUAAAAAUGUAAUGCCUUUCAUUAAAAAGUCAAAUCCAAGUGUCCAUCCACAAAAUCUUAUGGAGAAGAAGCCCCAUGCAUAUAGCAAAUAUGGGAAAUUCCUCUGCAGGAAGUCCAUUUUUAUUAUGCAUCAGAGAUCUCAAACAGAAGAGAAACCCUUUCAUUGUCCUUACUGUGGGAAUAGCUUUAGAAGGAAGUCAUAUCUCAUUGAACAUCAGCGAAUUCACACAGGUGAGAAACCUUAUGUUUGCAAUCAAUGUGGAAAAGCCUUCCGUCAAAAGACAGCCCUCACUCUUCAUGAGAAAACACAUGUUGAGGGGAAACCCUACAUGUGUAUGGAUUGUGGGAAGUCCUUCCGCCAGAAGGCAACCCUUACUAGACAUUACAAAAUACAUACAGGGGAGAAAGCUUAUGAAUGUACUCAGUGUGGGAGUGCUUUUAGAAAGAAGUCGUACCUCAUUGAUCAUCAGAGAACUCACACAGGAGAGAAACCAUAUCAAUGUAAUGAAUGUGGGAAGGCAUUUAUCCAGAAGACAACGCUCACUGUACACCAAAGAACUCACACAGGAGAGAAACCCUAUAUUUGUAGUGAGUGUGGAAAGUCCUUCUGCCAAAAGACAACCCUUACUCUCCAUCAAAGAAUUCAUACAGGGGAAAAACCCUAUAUUUGUAAUGAAUGUGGAAAAUCUUUUCGCCAGAAGGCAAUCCUCACUGUUCAUCAGAGAAUACAUACAGGAGAGAAGUCCAAUGGAUGUCCUCAAUGUGGGAAAGCCUUUAGUAGGAAAUCAAACCUCAUUCGCCAUCAGAAGACUCACAGGAGAGAAACCAUAUGAAUGUAAAGAAUGUGGGAAGUUCUUUAGUUGUAAGUCAAACCUCAUGGUCCAUCAGAAAACUCACAAGGUAGAAACCAUGGAAAUAUAGUAAAGGAUGUGACUUUAUUUUUAUAAAAACUUUGAAAGUCAUAGUAAACCCUGUAUUGAUGUUGCUUGCAAAUGUAAUAAUAUUCAAUAGUUUAAGGUACUAUAAACAUACCUAUUAUUUACUAGAUGAUAAAAUACACACACAGAAUUACUAGACAAAUUAAAUGACAAAAGUCAUUGAAAAUACAAGUCCCAAUUUUUAUUAGAGUCACAAGAGAUAAACUUUCUCAAGUUGCUUUACACAUUUAAAAUUGCUUGUUUUCAAUUUCAAUACCUACCUGGUUGUAAACCAGUAAUACAGAGUCGGUAUAUGAACCAUACUAUAAGCAGAGGACUUUAAAAAAGAAAGUAGUUGUGAACUGUAUUUUUCAUUGCAAAUAUGGAAUAAAAAUUAGCUGCUACCUCCUCAGAGUUAACCACAGUUCUAACUUCUAACAUUAUAAAUUAAUUUUGCAUACUAUACUUUAUAUAAAUUGGAUUAUAUAGCAUGUAUUGAUAUUUUUUACAUUUGGCUUAUUCCAUAAUUAUGUCUCUAAAAUUCGUC